UUACAUCAAAUCUAGCUAGCUUCCUAUUGUCAAAAGCAAGAGGCUAAAGCUUUACUUUUCUCUUCAAUCAUAUGGGUUAUCAUAAGUCUAUGGGAACUAUAUUGGUUCCUAUACUAGUUUUACUUUUAUCAUUGAACUACAUGCCAUGCAAAGCUCAGUUGUCUACCACCUUUUAUGAUAACACAUGCCCUAAUGCCCUUUCAACUAUUCAAACUUCUGUUAGUGCUGCCGUGUCGAGGAAUCGUCGCAAUGCAGCCUUACUCAUUCGCCUUCAUUUUCACGACUGUUUCGUUCAGGGUUGUGAUGCAUCCCUUUUGCUAGAAGGGAGUGAGAAGUCAGCACCUGCUAAUAAUGGUGUGUUGGGCUAUGAUAUUAUCGAUGAUGUUAAAGCUGCUGUCGAGGGCGUAUGCCCUGGAGUUGUUUCGUGUGCAGAUAUAUUGGCUGUUGCAGCACGCGAUGCUUCCGUGGAGGUGGGGGGUCCGUCAUGGUCGGUAAGACUUGGAAGAAGAGAUUCUCCAUCUUCGGCAACUGCCGAUGAGGCGGCUAAUAAUCUCCCAAGAGGAAAUAUGGAUCUAACUCAACUCCUUGAUAACUUUCGUCGAAAGAAUCUCAGCCCAAGAGACAUGGUUGCUUUAUCAGGGUCUCACACAAUUGGGCAGGCACGAUGUGUUACGUUUAGAGCACGGAUAUACAACAAUGCCUCAGACAUAGAUGCUACUUUCGCUAACAACCUUAGGAGCAACUGCCCAGCGAAUGCACCUGAUGGCAAUGGUAACUUGGAGCCACUUGAUUUAGUGACACCAAAUACAUUUGACAACAACUACUACAGGAACCUAAGAGAUAGAAGAGGUCUUCUUGCGUCGGACCAGGUACUCUUCAGUGGAGACUCAACUGAUAGCAUUGUGACUGAGUACAUCGACAAUCCUUCGACAUUUGAUUCUGAUUUCGCGGCUGCCAUGGUUAGGAUGAGUGAAAUUGAACCCCUUACUGGUUCUAGUGGCCUGAUAAGGACUCUUUGCUCCGCUUCUAGUUAAUAAAGAACAUAUAUGAUAUGUAAUGAUACUAAUAUAUUGAUAUCGAUCCGCAUGAAGUAGCAAGUAGCACAUAGUGCAGUCACAUGUAUUAUGGAAGCUUUACGUUGUUUUGUUCACAAGCAAUAAAAUUAUUCUUCUACUA